CAGCUAAGGGGGCGGAAGUGUCUAACUUAUGACUAGCCUUUUUUUAGCAAUUCUCAUUCUGCUUUCUAGUCUGAUUUAACCAAUUCGUUGUAAUAUAAUGGUUGGUAAUUUUAUUUUUAACCCCAUGUGGAUGCGUUACGGCCUGACGUGGCAUUUUAACAUAUAAACACCGCGCUUCAGCUGCUAGCUAAUUAGCUUGCCAUGCUAGCUCGUUGUGAAAAUCAUCGACAACAACAUUCCUGUACGGAUUAUUUAGCCAGUUAGCUAAAAGUUAAAAUAUUGACCGGCUUCAAGGAAAGCAUAACUAAGAGAGAGCAGGCCAGGCUGUAAAGUACAUGAUGUCUAUUCAGUAUGAGGAGCCUACAUUGACGGGGAGUUACGAUGUUGUGGGGUCGUUUCCCAAAAGUUUUGGUUAUGGUGUGGAGGAGCCGGACAUGGAAGAGAGCUCCACAUCAGCUGACAAACCGAGAAUACUGCUGAUGGGACUGAGGCGGAGUGGAAAGUCAUCUAUUCAGAAGGUUGUAUUCCACAAGAUGUCACCCAAUGAGACGCUGUUCCUCGAGAGCACCAACAAAAUCUACAAGGACGACAUCUCCAGCAGCUCCUUCGUCAACUUCCAGAUCUGGGACUUUCCUGGCCAGGUGGACUUCUUUGACCCCACGUUUGACAGCGAGAUGAUCUUCAAGGGAACCGGCGCUUUGAUCUUUGUCAUCGACGCUCAGGAUGACUACGUCGAGGCCCUCGGGCGGCUACAUCUCACUGUGUCCCGAGCCUACAAAGUGAAUCCAGACAUCAACUUUGAGGUGUUCAUCCAUAAAGUAGACGGUCUCUCGGAUGACCACAAAAUAGAAACACAACGAGACAUUCAUCAGAGGGCCAACGAUGAUCUGGCAGAUGCCAGCCUGGAGAAAGUACACCUCAGCUUCUACUUAACCAGCAUCUACGACCACUCCAUAUUCGAGGCCUUCAGCAAAGUCGUCCAGAAGCUUAUUCCUCAGUUACCAACGCUGGAGAACCUUUUGAACAUUUUCAUAUCUCACUCUGGGAUCGAGAAAGCCUUCCUGUUCGAUGUUGUUAGCAAGAUCUACAUCGCCACAGACAGCUCUCCUGUGGACAUGCAGUCCUACGAACUCUGCUGUGACAUGAUAGAUGUUGUCAUUGAUGUCUCCUGUAUUUACGGGCUCAUGCAGGACGGCAGUGGCUGUGCUUAUGACAAGGAGUCUUUGGCUAUCAUCAAGCUCAACAACACGACAGUGCUUUAUUUGAAAGAGGUCACGAAGUUCCUCGCUCUCGUCUGCAUCCUCAGAGAGGAGAGCUUUGAGAGGAAAGGUUUGAUAGAGUACAAUUUCCAUUGUUUCCGAAAAGCCAUCCACGAAGUCUUCGAAGUCGGCACCUCACCACAAGGAGUCAGCUCGUCCAGCAAGAACCUGAAGUACGCCGCGCUGAACGGGGGUCCUGUUUAAAGGCUGAACAUGAGACAAAGUGGGAUUCUUUGGUUUACGUGAAGUGCAGCGACGUCGCACAAUGUGGAGACAUAGUACGAACGCACACAUGCCUACUGUCAGACAAAUGUUGCCUUACUGUGUGCAACUGAAUGUGAAUCAGUUUGAGAACUGAACUCAGAACGAUGACUCAAUCUGAUCUACCUGUCAUAUUGUUCAGGUCACAUAUGCCAAAAAAAAAAACCAGUGGCUUCUACUUUC